UAUAUUUAGAAUCCGUGCGCUUUUGUCUCUCCCUCCAUCUCCGCCACCCCCUCCCCUCCUCCCUUUCUCUCUCCUCUGGAUCCCAAUUUCUGUAAAUUUUUCUCUUGAAUUCCGCAAAUCAACAUCUGGGUUUGGUGAUCCGCUCGAUUGACGUUGAAGCGAGGCCGGCGGAUUGAGGAAAAGAUUCUACUUUUUUUUUAUCAAUUUGGGGUUUCGAUUUGUUCUUCCCUUUUUCGGGGAGGCUCGGGGCGGGAUUCGGUGUUUUUCGCGGUUCGUUUUCCCUCCGAGAUGGCGUCGAGUUUCGAUCGGUGGGAGAAGGAUCCCUUCUUCUCCGCCGCCGAGGAAGUCCAGGAAUCGGCCGACAGGAUGCAAUCGACGUAUCGAACGUGGAUCCAUGCGCAAAAGAACUCCUCGGCUGCGUGGAAUCUGGAGGAGCUCCGGCGGGACCUCCAUACCGCUUUGGGCACUACCCAGUGGCAGUUGGAGGAGUUUGAACGAGCAGUGCAGUCAAGUUAUGGCAAUAGUUCGACUGACGACGCGAGGGACAGGCACCAUGAUUUCAUUGUUGCCAUCAAUGACCAGAUUUCGAAGAUUCAUAACUCAUUGCAGGAAUCUGCCCUUUCAGAUGGCAAUACAGCGCCGUCUUGGGUGCGUUUGGAUGAGCAAGAGUGCAAUGACUUUGCGUUGUUUCUCUCUGGAUCAUCGGCAUUUGAAGCGUCAAGCGCCGUGUCGGACCAUGUUAGGGACAAUGAAGAAUAUAAAGAGUUGCAGAAAGAGUCCCCGCCCGAGUUUUCGAAGAAUUCAUGCCCAUCAACUGAGUGGAGUUCAAUGGAUGCCCGAGAGGAGAAGUCAUAUGGGCAUAGAAGAGCAGCCAGUGCAAGCGCUGACAUCAGUGCUUGGAAUAUUGCUAUAGCUGGAGAUGCUUACCCACAGAAUUCCUCCAAUGGGCAUUCCGUGUUACCUCCACGCAAGGUACCAAGUGUUUCAGGGUUCCUAAAUUCGAUGGGCUCUGUCUCCAAGUUGAAGUGGUCUAAAAAUGGCUUUAGGAAGUGGAAAGUGACGGAUUCUCACCAAGAAGACGAUACUGCAUUGCUGGAACCAGCUCAGCUAGAGAGAGGGGUACAUGCAUGCUAUGAACGGAGUAAGAGUUGCCUGGAUGAUGAUUGUUAUCACAAGCAACUUUAUGGAUGGUCUGGAGCUAUCCAAAGGCAGCUCCAGAGGUCUCAGUAUCAGAUGCAAUACAGCCGACCUGCUCAAUUGGCCUUUUCAACUAUUCUACUUCUCUGCUUGAUUGUUUUACUCAUUUUGCGUGCAAUCUAAGGCGGAGGCAUAAUUAUGGUUUAAUUUCUUUAUUUCGGCGUGGACGUCCUUGUUAGAAUGGUCAGGACUAGUUGCAGAUUAUUUAUGUCAGCAGUGGAUGAUGUAAAAGACAAGAUGCUUCUUGGAUUUUCCAUUUCCUUCCAAGUGGAUAUUUAUGUCCCACCUGACAAGUUUCUAGUCCGUGGUAGCGCAUUAGAUGCCCCUGCAGGCUUACUCCUGUGAGCAACCUCCAGUCCAGUCCGAUCACCGAGCAUGUUGCACAGUCUCUACAACGAUUGAGAAAGUUUUUGAGUUUUGCCACAGAGAAUGUAAAUUCUAGCAAGAGUAACAGAAUGUUACGAUUAGAAAGUGUUGUAUCCUGGGAUAUUGUGGCGUUCUGACUUGGGAAAGCGUAUCCUGUUGUUUCUAAUUCUCUGGGUAGAUUUUGUGGCUUUGUUAUUGUAAGCUGUACAGUAAUCUAAUGUUAUCAUUUAGCCAUUUUAAGCCUGAAUUUCGCCGCUUAUUGUCAACCGGGUUAUGCAAAA